AUGGCUACUCCUCACAGCCCAAAGGAAAGUCACACCCUCAAUAUCCUCCAGAUUAAUCUGCAACGGUCUAAAGCGGCCUCCACAGAAGCUCUGCAGAUGGUGCAUGACCUAAAAGUGGAUAUCCUUGUAAUCCAAGAGCCCUAUGUCUACAAUAAGAAGAUAGCUAUGCUGGGUAACAACAAGAUUCAUAACACAAUUACAUCAGACAACAGGAUUAAAACUGGUAUCAUUGCCUACAAUAACAGCAUUAUGACCCAACUCAUAGCACAGCACUCUAAUAACUACUUCACCACGGUGAAGGUUGACACAAGGGACGACGGCAUUUAUAUCAUCUCAUUCUAUUGUUCCCCAGACGAGGAUCUUACACACCCUCUGGAUCUCCUGAGUCUGACCAUGGAACAGCUUAAGGGCAACAAAGUUAUCGUUAUGGGAGACUUCAAUGCUAAGUCGCACCUCUGGCACAGUCCAAAGGAAGACCCGAGGGGGUACAAACUCUGUGAACUAAUUGCAGCCUUUAGCCUCACGUCUCUCAAUGACAGCCCUUUGCCUACCUUCUUCUACGGUCCUGGGGGACAGUUGGGUGGAUGUUUGUCUUGGCAACCCCAAUCUUCUCAAACAGAACAUCACCUGUAA